UCUUGUGUCUGUAUUUAACCCUAAUUGUUUGUUGUAGCGUCUGAAAAACUGGGAGCUGAGGGAGCGGAAAAAGGCUCGGGAUUAUGCCAAGGAGUCGGAAAGAGAAGAUGAGCGCAGACGAGAAAUGGUAAAAGAAGGCAAACGACUGAAGGAGUUUCUUGAAGACUACGAUGAUGACAGAGAUGACCCCAAAUACUACAGGGGGAGUGCGCUGCAGAAGCGUCUCAGAGACAGAGAGAAGGAGAUGGAGGCGGACGAGCGUGACAGGAAGAGAGAGAAGGAGGAGCUGGAGGAGAUCAGACAGAGGCUGUUGGACGAGGGACAUCCAGACCCGGACGCAGAGCUGCGCAGGAUGGAAGAAGAGGAGGAGGAGCGUCUGAGGCAGCCCCCCAUCAUCCAAGAGCCCGAACCCGAGGAGCAGCGUGAACGCCACAGAGGGUCCAGAGACCACAGGGAACGUAGACAAGAGCCGGAAAAGGCUAAACCCAGCGCACAGCCUCAUCCUCAUCCGCAUCCUCAUCACUCUGACCAGGAGGUAGAGGAAGGCGAGGAGGAAGAUUAUGACAAUGAUGAAGACAACGUUGAAGCAAAACCACAGCUGAAGCCCAUGAUGCGGCCCAUCACAGCCGCUCCUUCGGUAUCGUCGGCGAGCGGCAAUGUGUCUCCCAACACCCCCGGAGAGGAGUCGCCGUGUGGCAUCAUCAUCCCGCACGAAAACUCACCGCCAGACGCUCUGCCGCAGGACGAGAACCGGCCCAAGAUUGGCCUCAGCCUAAAACUGGGUGCUACUGGGAGCCCCAGCCAGCAUAAUGCCAUCAAGAGGAAGAAGCUUCCAGUGGACAGCGUCUUCAACAAGUUCGACGAUGAGGAGGCAGAUGAACAGCCACGCAAGCGGAAGCUGGUGCCCCUGGAUUACGACGACGACAAGAGCCUGGGCGUCGACGGCGCCGGACUGUCCAGCAUAAAAGGAGCAAACACCGAGGAGAAACGCAAGCACAUCAAGAGUCUGAUAGAGAAGAUACCGACAGCCAAACCAGAACUGUUCUCCUACCCUCUGGACUGGUCCAUGGUUGACACGACGUUAAUGGAGCGACGUGUUCGACCGUGGAUCAAUAAAAAAAUCAUUGAAUACAUCGGUGAGGAAGAGCCGACAUUAGUGGACUUUGUGUGCUCAAAGGUGAUGGCUCACAGUAUGCCCCAAAGCAUCUUGGAUGAUGUUGCCAUGGUGCUUGAUGAAGAGGCUGAAGUCUUCAUCGUGAAAAUGUGGCGGUUGCUCAUUUAUGAAACUGAAGCAAAGAAAAUUGGACUGGUGAAGUAAGAAACAACCACUGAAUGAAGAUAUUUCCUCCCCAAACUGUUUAUACAAGUGUUGUGAAAUCGUGUCAUUCAGAACAAACUGCAACAUUGACAAGAAAUGUUUGUUUUUCCCUGUAAAACACACUCGGGCUCCGUGCAGGUGCUGACGUCCAUGUUGCUUCUGUAUAUAUAGAAUCAUUUGGCUGUAAUGAAAGACUCCAUAGAGUCGAGUCCUACACGGUCUCCAUUGGUCCUGUGCUUUUACUUCCACACAUGCAGUUAAGCUACAAUUUUCCAAUUUUAAGUUGAGGACAAUGGCUUGUUUGCAUACCUGGACUUUGAUGUAUGCGUUCUUCAAAGAGUGCACUUUUUUUUUUUUUUUUUUUUUACAGGGGUGUAUUUAUUUGGAGAUUGAUGCAACUUGAGCCUUUUUCUGUUUUACCACAUUCCUGAUAAUUAGAUCCGUCUUUCUCAACAAACCACCUCAGCAGGACAGAAUUAUGGGUGGCAACAAUCUUGAGGAAAAAGCACAUGUCACAACCACUAUAAGAAAUGGAGCUAAGAA